CUGACUCAUCGCAGCUCUGGGUCACAUGCUGCUGUCCCGGCCCUAUCAGGGGCGUCUCCAUCCUGCUGCUGCCGCCGCCGUUGGCUUAGAGGACACAUCAUCUCCCCUUGAGGUCCUGCAUCCCUCCUCAGCUCCGUCCUCGCUCCUUUCCACCAGCACUUUCUCAGUGUCUCUCGUUCACCCCUGCCCUAGGAAGGCUCGCCAUGGCAGUCGAGAGGAUCCAUGCACGUGAGAUCCUGGACUCCCGCGGGAACCCCACCGUUGAGGUGGACCUGUACACACACAAAGGCAUGUUCCGAGCAGCGGUCCCCAGCGGCGCGUCCACCGGGAUCUAUGAAGCGCUGGAGCUGCGGGACAACGACAAGUCGCGUUUCCUCGGGAAAGGGGUCCUGCAGGCCGUGGAUCAUAUCAACAGCACUGUUGCCCCAGCUCUCGUGGGCUCUGGCCUCUCUGUCGUGGAUCAAGAGAAGAUAGACAAUCUGAUGCUUGAGAUGGAUGGCACAGAGAACAAAUCCAAGUUUGGUGCCAAUGCUAUCCUGGGAGUCUCGCUAGCUGUGUGCAAGGCAGGAGCUGCAGAGAAGGAUGUCCCCCUGUACCGGCACAUUGCUGACCUGGCUGGCAACUCGGAUCUCAUCCUUCCUGUGCCAGCUUUCAACGUGAUCAAUGGAGGUUCCCACGCAGGCAACAAGCUGGCCAUGCAGGAGUUCAUGAUCCUGCCUGUGGGAGCCGAAAGCUUCCGCGAUGCCAUGCGCAUCGGGGCUGAAGUCUAUCACAACCUCAAGAGUGUCAUCAAGGAGAAGUAUGGCAAGGAUGCUACCAAUGUGGGUGAUGAGGGAGGCUUUGCCCCCAACAUCCUGGAAAACAGUGAAGCUCUGGAGCUCCUCAAGGAAGCUAUUGACAAGGCAGGCUACACAGACAAGAUUGUCAUCGGUAUGGACGUGGCAGCCUCCGAAUUCUACCGUGAUGGCAAGUACGACCUGGACUUCAAGUCGCCAGACGACCCAAGCCGCUACAUCUCUGCAGAUGAGCUGGGUGACCUCUACCAAAGCUUUGUACAUGAUUAUCCAGUGGUCUCCAUUGAGGAUCCCUUUGACCAAGAUGACUGGGAAGCCUGGUCCAAGUUCACGGCCAAUGUGGGGAUUCAGAUAGUGGGAGAUGACCUGACAGUGACAAACCCCAAGCGCAUUGAGCGAGCUGUCGAAGAGAAGGCCUGCAACUGCCUCCUGCUCAAAGUCAACCAGAUUGGAUCUGUCACAGAGGCCAUCCAAGCCUGCAAGUUGGCCCAGGAGAACGGUUGGGGGGUGAUGGUGAGCCACCGAUCUGGGGAGACUGAAGACACGUUCAUUGCUGAUCUGGUUGUAGGACUGUGCACCGGGCAGAUAAAGACGGGUGCUCCCUGCAGGUCUGAACGUCUGGCUAAAUACAACCAGCUCAUGAGGAUUGAGGAAGAGCUUGGCGACGAAGCACGCUUUGCCGGACACAACUUUCGCAACCCAAGUGUUCUUUGAACACUGUCCCCAGGGCACAGCCACCCUGCUGCUCUUUCCCACCUCACAGACUCUGAACCUCUCUUCCCUCCACUGCUCCCUUUUUUGCUCUUUCUCCCCUACUCUGCCACCCGGUUCCCUCUCAUCUCAAACCCCCUUGAGUUCAGGUGUCCCCAGCUAGAUGUACCCAGGUGAAGGAUGAUAGAAAGGCCUAUACCUGUGUCCCUUGCUUUGGGGUCAUAAGCAUUUCGGGAUGUAGGCAUUGAGUGUUUUUUGGGGUUCUGUGUGCAGGGCUGCAUCUGAGCCACUCUGAGUGUUAAGACUGCAGGAGCACACCAGCUGCCUGGUGUGUCUCCCCCGUACGCCGGAGCAUGGGCGGUGAACAUAUGUGCGUUGGCUGCUGUGUUUGGACAAGUGUCGCACCCGUGGCUGUGUAUGGACGAGCAUCACCAGUGGCUCGCUCUCGUUGUGCAUGUGUGUAGGUGCAUGCGUGCUGGCCUACGGCGUCCUUGUGCCCCAGGUUGUGUCUGCACUGAGCUGUGGUGGGACCCCGGCGUCCCCUCCCUCCGCCCCAAGUGCUGUGCUGUGUUGGGCUGUGCUUGCCAGCAGCUUAGCGUUGAAGUGCACUGCUGUCCCUCACUGGGUCUGCGUGUGUGUGUGUGUGUGUGCUGUCAGUCUCCGGGUCAGCACGUAGUACUGUGGGACAAUAUAUUAAAACACAUCCGUAAACAAACCCAUGCUCUCGUUUGCUUCUCGUGACCUUUUUCUCUCUAUUCCCUCCCCUCUUGCAGUCCUUCACCCUCUCCUCUGCCCAUAAUGUCUGCUUCACCUUCUGAACGGCCCAUGCUCAGCUGAGCAACAGACAAACUACAGAUCCCUAAACUCAAUUAAAAUGUAUUUCACACCUGA